AUUCAUUCAACUCCUGAAGCUAUUGAGGAUUAUUUGGAAAGGUUCGAAAUUUGGAGUAUGACCAAGAAAGAUGUUAAAGGUGAGAAAAUUGUGGCACAUUUUCUCACAUUCAUUGGGAGAGAAGCGUACAGCUUAUUAAAAACUUUGGCAUAUCCAGAAAAACCUAUCUCACUCCCUUAUGCAACUCUUAAAGAGCUAUUGUUAAGUCAUGUAAAAUGCACCAGUUUUGAAUGCCGUGAAAGGGCGACGUUUCAUAAGAUGGUUCGUCAAAAUGACCAAAAGGUUCGGGAAUUCAUCCUUGAAUUACAGAAACAAGCUGCCAAGUGUAAUUUCGGUGAUCAACUUCAUGUGCAACUGAGAGAUCGAUUAAUUGCAGGAAUUAACAUACCGAGUUUGGAAAAAGAGCUGUUAAGAAUGCCAAACUGUUCCUUUCAAGAUGCCAGAACUGCAUGUAUUAACUACGAAGCAGUCAAUGAACUUGAUAUCCAGUCGAUGAACAUUUCUAAUACUUUGCUUAGUCGUCGUGAUGAACUACAAUCUCAAGGUCAAUCAAACUUGCGUUCAUUUAACAGUGAUUCCUAUUCUCGUGUAAAUAUGAAAGGUGUUUCAACGAGGAAUUACAAAGCAAAUCACAAAGACAGUGCAGAGUCAUAUGACAGUUCAGAGUUAGAUGAAAUCCAGAAUUCUUGUGAGACAACAGUUCAUAAUCAACCGAUUUAUCAGAAUUCUCAUGCUAUUGUACCAAGUAUGACUUUUCCUAAUGAUUCACAUAUUUCUAAUGAAAUUACUUGCAAUAUUGAGGAAAAUAUGUUAAAUGAACCUAAUCAUGAUCGGAAACCUGAUGUGGUUUGGAUAGAUGCUGGUUUUUCUAACGAUCCUACGCUCUGCAAUGACAGUCCUAAUGAAUUUCAUGAGAAUAUUUCAGAAGAAUCGAAUCCUGAUGUCAUAUCAUAUAUUACCUCUCCUCAUAAUGCAUUCGAUCCUUGUGAAAAACCUGCUCAAUGCGAAGCACGAGUACUAAGUGUUCUCGAGUUUGCUUACAUUUCGGAUGAUUUCAUAUCAACUGCUGUUUACCCUUAUCACAAAAACAGUUCUAAUGUUUACUCUAAACAAUGUGAGAAAUAUGUUUUAAAUGAAGCCACAUUAUUCAUAACCUGGGGAUAUAAAAAUCCAACAUUAUUUCGUGGGGGAGGAUAGUGUUGAAAAAUCUAUGGUUCGAAUUCUAGAUAUUAAUGAUUUCAUUACAAAACCGACAUGCUGGUUGUAUACAAUUCCAGGUGAGUCUGUUCCGAUUUCGUUUGUUAAUUCCAAUACUAAUGAGCACUUUCUAGGUACUACAAAGUUUUUAUCUUACACAAUGUCGGACAGACUCAGGAUGAACUUAACAAGAAGACGUACAACCGAUUACAAACACUUAUACUUCUAUUUAAGCUGUGGCGGAUGUGGUGUUUGAAUUAACUAAUGAUUCUUUUGUACUUGUUGAAUGUUUGAUUUCGAAUUCUAAAUACAGUACAUUCGUUGUGCCUGUGUCUUCUUAAUUCAAUUGCGUUAAUCCUGGAAUUCCUAAUUCAU